UUCCUUUCUGUAUCCGCAUGGCGUGUGUAUAGGGCAGCCUCAUCAUGCAGAUUUUUGUUAAAACAUUAACGGGCAAGACCAUCACUCUUGAGGUUGAAGCCUCUGAUACAAUCGAAAAUGUCAAAGCAAAGAUCCAAGACAAAGAAGGUAUUCCACCUGAUCAGCAAAGGUUGAUCUUUGCUGGUAAACAACUUGAAGAUGGAAGGACGCUGUCUGAUUACAACAUACAGAAAGAAUCCACACUUCACCUUGUGCUUCGUCUGCGUGGUGGUGCUAAAAAGCGCAAGAAGAAGAAUUACUCUACUCCAAAAAAGAUUAAACAUAAGAAGAAGAAAGUCAAACUCGCUGUAUUAAAAUUCUACAAGGUUGAUGAAAACGGUAAAAUUCACCGUUUGAGACGAGAAUGCCCCUCUGAACAGUGUGGAGCUGGAGUUUUUAUGGCUGCGAUGGAAGACAGGCAUUACUGUGGAAAGUGCGGAUACACCCUUGUUUUCAACAAACCCGAGGACAAAUGAGUACGGAGUAUAUAAUCUGUAUUUACUUUUAUUAUAAUAAAUUUAAGUAAAAAUUACCA